AUGGAACCGUGUGUGUUGGCAAAACCUCAGAUUGCCGUGGGGGAGCUGGAGGGGGGAGGAGGAGGAAGAGGAGGAAGAGGAGAGAGAGGAGGAAGAGGAGGAGGAGGAGGAGAGAGGAGGAGGAAGAGGAGGAGGAGAGAGAGGAGGAAGAGGAGGAGGAGGAGGAGAGAUGAGGAGGAGGAAGAGAGAGAGGAGGAAGAGGAGGAGGAGGAGGAGAGAGAGGAGGAAGAGGAGGAGGAGGAGAGAGAGGCGGAGGAGAGAGAGGAGGAGGAGGAGAGAGAGGAGGAGGAGAGGAGGAGAGAGAGGAGGAAGAGGAGGAGGAGAGAGGAGGAAGAGGAGGAGGAGGAGAGAGAGGAGGAGGAGGAGAGAGAGGAGGAGGAGGAGAGAGAGGAGGAGGAGGAGAGAGAGGAGGAGGAGAGAGAGGAGGAAGAGGAGGAGGAGGAGGAGAGAGAGGAGGAAGAGGAGGAGGAGGAGAGAGAGGAGGAAGAGGAGGAGGAGAGAGAGGAGGAAGAGGAGGAGGAGGAGGAGAGAUGA